GUUGCAGAGCAAAACUGCACUGCUGCUGCAGCAUGGCAGCACAGAUGGGUGGCUGGCCCAUGCACCAGCCUAUUUUAUGUUCGAAAAGAGCAUGGAGCAGGCGUGUGACUGGGAUCAAAAAGAGGGCCUGGCUUUUUCUGACUUUCCCACUAUAAACUAAGCAGGGUACAGGGCUACCAGCGGAGUUUGACUUCCCAAUCAGUGGUCCCUCUCCUGAGGGUGGUCCGCUAAAACGUUGGACUCAGGUGGUGGAGAAGACUAUGUAUGGGCCGGUCUUAACGCUAAAACAGUGUGCAGCGUGUGCAGGCCUAGCAGGUGCCCAGAUUUUCAUUAGUAUCCCGCCCCAUCAGUUACCCAAUCACUAACCAACUCACUCACUCACUUGCCAUCGCCCUAGCACGCCCCUGCAACGACUGUGUCGUCAAUGAGUUGAGUGCAACUCCCAGGUAUCGUCAUAUUAGUCCGUCCCCGCCUCGACCUCACGUACCUCCUACUACCUACUACCACCACAACCGUCUUCCAAACAUCUCUCCUCAACUUCACGACCUACACUCCCUUCACGACUCUCCCUCACCGUCGCCAACCUCGAUCUCUUCCACCACUUGUCUUUCCAGACUUCUCACGACGAUUCUCUUCUACGUGCCAAACGACGAUCAGGCGACAGUCAGGACCCAGACCGUUUCUAAGAGGCCGUUUUCUUUUCUUCUGUUGGACCCAGUCAGAGAUAGGAUUCCAUCUUCCACAAAGGACUUUUUGAGCUUCGGUUUUCAUUUUUGCCAUGCAUAAUACCUUCCAUGGUCAAAUUACACCACCACCAUCGCCGCCACCACAGAGUCAACAAGCUGCCCGGUGCCCACCUACACCUGAAUCGAGAAUAGGUAUAUUCCUUGGUCCUUCUUUGGAGCUGAAGGGAAUCCUGGGGACGGGUGCAUAUGGAGUUGUGUAUUCAGCAAUCGACCACCUCACCCAAAUCUGGUAUGCGGUAAAAGCUUUGAGCAAAACCAAUGCCAAUGGAGAACCUUUGGACAGAAGGCAGCGCGAGUUCCAGUCCAGGGAGAUCCAGCUUCAUUACGCAGCCUCAGCACACCCUAACAUAGUUUCUAUGCUGAAGAUUGUGGAUGAUCCUGAGUGUACCUAUGUUGUCCUGGAGUACUGUCCCGAAGGAGAUCUUUUCUCAAACAUUACCGAGCGGGGUAGGUACGUUAGCAAUGAUGCUCUUGUCCGUCAGGCAUUUCUUCAAAUCUUGAAUGCCGUGGAACAUUGCCAUCGUCUGGGAAUCUACCACAGAGACCUCAAGCCAGAGAACAUUUUGGUAUCCCACUCUGGAAACCAAGUUUUGCUUGCAGACUUCGGUUUGGCCACAACAGAUUUCGAGUCCGAGGACCACGGAUGCGGAUCGACCUUCUAUAUGAGCCCAGGUAGGCCUUCCCGGUUACAUCUAAACCCCCUUUCACCCACUAACCGUUCUCUUCCUUCUAUAGAAUGUCUGGAUCAAUCAUCAAGGAACGCAUCAUACCGGUGCGCGCCAAACGACAUCUGGUCCCUUGGUGUUAUUCUUGUCAAUCUCACAUGUGGCCGUAACCCAUGGAAACAAGCUUCCGCUGAGGAUUCCACAUACAAGGCUUUCACCAGGAACCGUGAUUUCUUGAAGACCAUUCUGCCCCUGUCCGAUGAGUUGAACGAGAUUCUUGGCAUGAUCUUUGAGCGCAACCCAGAAAAGAGGAUCACCGUCAGCGAAUUGAAACAGCGGAUCAUUGAAUGUGUCCACUUCUCAGCUCCACCUCAACAACUCCCAACACCACCUACGUCUCCCCUUACCUCUCCCGUUGAUGAAUAUGAAUCGUUGUCCAACGAUGGAUCGAUCAUGUCCGACGACGGAUCCCUCACCGGCUCCUGCUCCACGCUCUCUGAUUCCGACUCUGAAUCCAGAUCCGAAUCUGGGUCUGAUUCUGGCUAUGAUACCCGCGAGAGCUCUCCUGAGCUAGAGGAACAAGUAUGUGUCGAUCCUUGCAACAUCAACGUCAACAAUAUCAACAACACGAACAACCGAGAUGCACCACAGCACGCUCAACGACCAACCAUCCCAGCUCCGUUUGUACAUCAACCAGCAUACGUUCUUCCUCCACAGGAAUUCCAGGGGAACCCAUGGGGACAGCCAGCUAAACCAAAUCCUUGGAUGCAGCACUGGGGCAACCCAUAUGACCACCAGUUUGAGCAACUCCAGGCUGUGCAUGUUCAUCCAGCUCCAGCUGUCUACCCCUCCUACCCUAGCCUCUAUUCCCCUCAUCACAGCCAGUACAUGAGAAGUGUCUGGUAAGAGGUGUUCUUUCUUUCUACGGUGUGACUGGUUGCGAACUUGUUAGUGUCUUGCCACUCUAGCUUGUCUGUUCCAUCAGCUCCCGCUUAGGACCGCCCCCGGACUUCAGUGGUAAACACAGGACACUGGAUCCCCAUUCCACCAGGACAAUUUGGAGUCAUGUCAACUUUCUUCCAAGAACUUGACCAUGAGGUACCGCUUCAUUGGUAGCCAGACUUCGACCCUCAGGGACACACAAUCCCAUCACUCUGUGAUGAUUCACGAACCAAGAAUACGACCCAACCAUCGAGCCGUGGACGGCCUUUGACAAAAGCGAGAAAAAGACACUGCCCGUCAGGAAAAAUCUCUUCACACAGCACUCAUGUCGUUAUAUAAUCAUGUACACCUUUUAUUCACGUUAGCUCUUCUACAUUCAUGUUUAUUCAAGCAAGGCGCACUGGGAUGGCAGCUUUUAAAAUGGGAGAGAACCAAACAAAUAUCUUUUUGCAGCGUUGGGAGGAAAGAAGAAAUCUUAAUUAUGUUUUUUUGCUUUGUCUUUUUUGUAUGGCGUUUAGGGAUGGAACUCGGUCGAGCUGGCAUGCUCUGGGGCGGUUUGGUUAUGAAAGCAUUUGCAGCGAAGAAGAUGACGCAUGCGACUGGGAGUCACAACUUAGAUGUUCAUGUUUUCCUUCUCUUCCUCUUCUACUUAUAAGGGCUUUUUUUCUGGUUGGACACGGAAUUUAGACACGGAGACUGUCUGGUUGUCUUUCUCAGCUCUGCCUUUGAGCUUUGGCAAGCGUUCUUAUUUUGACUCACACUCUUCAAGUGGUUCUGUCAACUACAAAUACGUUUGUGCGGGCUUUAUGUCUACACAUGUUGGAAUGAUGUACAGAUAUCUAUCUACAUUAUGGAGUGUAAGGGGAAUGGACUGGUAUCGGACUCGAACCAGCUUCAAAUACAAUAUACUACCGAUUCACGUCACAUCAUAUUAGAGAAUCUCAUGUGAAAAUGCAAUAU